AUGGGCAGAUAUUGCCGGUUUGUCGCCAGAAAUCCGUGGCCGUUCAUUGUCAUCCCCUGCUUGCUAACCGUUGUCCUGGCCACAGGAUUUCUCCGAAAUUUCCAAAUAGUGCGCGGGGUGCAUUGGUUAUACUCGCCAUUAAAUGCACCCUGGAAGACCGAGGAAGCGGUUUUACAGAAGAAUUGGGCGGGAGACGACGUCCAUUUUUAUCCAGGAAAAGACGUACUCCGGAGGAAGGGGAUAUACUUAUUGGUGGAAUCUGAAGACGGCGGAUCGGUGCUUCGGGCAGAAGAAGCCGCCGAAAUGCUCGUGCUUAUGGAUUUUGUCACGAAUUCGACGUUUUUAAAUUCGAAAAAUCACCCAUUUUCUUACCGUGAUCUCUGCCUGCGGUUCCAAGGCGAUUGCUUUUUAAAUGCACAAGCAAAGAUGAUUGCAUCGAUCUAUGCAAAGGGGGAUCAGAAUGUAUUUAACCUAACCUAUCCGCUGUUUAUUUCGAAGUUUUCAAGUGAGCCGAUCAAUUUGGCGACAACUUUGGGUGGUGUAACGCUCGACGAAAAUGAGCAUGUAACUUCCGCCCAAGCCUGGAUGCUACUUUUUCAGCUAAAACAGCACGAUAAAGAAUUGAUGGAACUCAGCUCUGAAUUCGAAAACCUGAUCGAAGACUACGUAGUACAACGCCGAUUACCAACCCGGUUACUUCGAGUGUCCCCCUUCCAUUCUAAUACCCUGGACAAGGAAUUGGCGGAAGCGAAUACAAAGCUCAUACCUAAAUUUUCCGUCACUUUCACGUUGUUGAUCAUCUUCUCGGUGUGCUGCACCUUUAAUACGCGAUGGGUACAGCGGGGCGGAGGAAUGUUUCCGGUUAUCGAUUGGGUACUCAGCAAGCCGGUAAUGGGCGUGGUUGGGGUAGCCGUGACCGGAAUGGCCGUAUUAUCUGCGAUGGGUGCUUGUCUGAUGCUCGGCGUGACGUUUGUCGAUAUGUGCACGGUUAUGCCGUUCUUGAGCUUGACCGUCGGUAUUGACGACACUUUCUUAAUGCUGGCUGCUUGGCAUGAAACGAGUCGUGGAUUGAGCGUGGAAGAUCGAAUCGAACAGAGCAUGCGACACGCCGCUGUCUCAAUCUCAAUCACUUCCCUCACCGAUGCGCUGGCUUUCCUCAUUGGCGCGAUCGCUCCCUUACCAGCUGUAAUGUACUUCUGCUACUACUCAGCCGCAGCAAUAUCUUUUAUCUUCCUGUAUUCUGUCACUAUAUUUGUUGCCCUACUCAGCUUACAAGGAAGGUUAGAGGCAGCCCAUCGUCAUAAUAUUACCAUGGGGAGGACACGGGAUAUGGAUUCGAUAGAAAAAACCUCAUUCCUCGAGCGUAUCUUCAAAAUGGGAAGUCGAGCGCCAAUCCAAACCAGCAAAUCGUGUAGCUUGGAGGAACUGGACCCUCGGCUUUGGUAUCAACGAUUUUUCGAAGAUCGUUUUGCCCGUCUCUUCCAGUCCAGAAUCCUUCAAUUUAUCACCAUUGUCCUGAUUGUUGGCUACGGUGUUGGGGCGUAUUUUGGCGUGAAGCGGCUUUCAGUUGGAUUCGAUUUGUCAAAUAUCGUUCCCCCAUCGUCGCCGGCUCGUCGAUUCCUGGAGGUACGCUCAGAACUCUUUCCGGACGACGUCACCCACCUCGACGUGGCCGUGAUGAAACCACCAAAUUUGGGAGAAAGAGGCCAACGGAAUGCUUUUCUAUCGAUACUGUCAAAAUUUGAAGAGCCAGAAUGCACCGUUGGGAGGCCGGGAUCGGAUUUUUGGCUCUUCGCCCUUGCCGAAUACCAUAAACGCCUUGGAUUUCCGGUUGAUUGGGAAAAUUUGAAUAUGACAGCUGAGGAAUUUUCUUCCACACUUCAAGGAUUUUUAAUGGCUAGCGAUCGGUAUGCGUACGACGUGCUCCGAGAUGACAAUAAUACGAUCACCGCCUUUCGAUUUUCCGUAACAUUACGAAAAAUGCCGUUCGACCAGCAUGUUGUGGAUUGUGCACAGAAAAUAAGGGCAAUCUGCGCGCAGUACGAAGAGUACGGACUCGUGUCUUAUUCGCCACUCUGGAAUUUGGCCGACCAAUUUGAGAUUAUGUGGCCGCAGACGAUGCAGGAUUUGUAUAUAUCUAUUGCCGUAAUGGUGCCCGUGGCUCUCCUCUUUGUACCGCAACCCCUCUGCGCGCUAAUGAUUUCAUUAAAUAUUGCCAGCAUCGCCUUCGGGGUCCUCGGAUUUAUGAGCUGGUGGGGCGUAAAUUUGGAUGCUACGUCUAUGAUCACGAUCGCGAUGUCCGUCGGGUUUAGUGUCGAUUUUGCGGCUCACGUCACAUUUGCAUACGUGAUGGAAAAGCGGGAGAUACCGGGGGAGAGCACCGCAUUUUGCCACCUGGCCGGUGCUCUUGGAGCUGUUGGAUGGCCAGUAACGCAGGCAUCAUUCUCUGUCCUCCUCGGCGUUUCGAUACUGGCCACAGUAGACUCCUAUGUAGUCCAAACGUGUUUCAAAACCGUAUUUUUAGUCAUUAUCUUUGGUUCCAUCCAUGCGCUUCUGUUUCUGCCGAUGGUGCUCUAUCUACUGCAUACUACAUUUAGCUAUUUGAAAAAUUUGGCUCGACGUGGAGCUGUGCAUAUUGGAAGCAACGACUCGGCCUCAAAUUCGACAGUAUCCACGACGCGCUCGUUA